AAGCCUGGGAAGCGGCGUGUCUUUGCUCAGCCUGUGCAGCUAGGGGCGUGCUUCGGUGGCAUAGGGGCAAGCCGAGGAAGACGAGGACCCCAGGGCAGUGCCGCUGUGUGCCUCCCCCUCACGCCCCCCCGGCACCGAGGCUGCUCGAGUCCCAGGGUGUUUUUUCCUUGUGCCCGCAAUCUCCAGGUCCCUGGCCCAACAUGAUACUGACCAAAGCCCAGUACGACGAGAUAGCCCAGUGCUUAGUGUCUGUGCCGCCCACGAGGCAGAGCCUGAGGAAGCUGAAGCAGAGGUUCCCCAGUCAAUCGCAGGCCACUCUGCUGAGCAUCUUCUCCCAGGAGUACCAGAAACAUAUUAAAAGAACACAUGCCAAACAUCAUACUUCAGAAGCAAUUGAAAGUUAUUACCAGAGGUACCUGAAUGGAGUGGUGAAAAAUGGAGCUGCCCCAGUGCUGCUGGAGCUGGCCAAUGAGGUGGACUAUGCACCCUCAUUAAUGGCUCGGAUUAUCCUGGAGAGGUUUCUACAGGAACAUGAAGAAACUCCACCCUCCAAGUCUGUUAUAAACAGUAUGCUACGGGACCCUUCUCAGAUUCCAGAUGGAGUUCUAGCAAAUCAGGUCUAUCAGUGCAUUGUGAAUGACUGUUGUUAUGGACCACUGGUGGACUGCAUCAAACAUGCCAUUGGUCAUGAGCAUGAAGUCUUGCUGAGAGACUUGCUUCUAGAGAAAAACCUGUCCUUCUUAGAUGAAGAUCAGCUCCGUGCAAAGGGUUAUGACAAAACACCAGACUUUAUUUUACAAGUACCAGUUGUAAUGCUUUGUCCCUUAGCUGUAGAAGGGCACAUAAUUCACUGGAUUGAAAGCAAAGCCUCAUUUGGUGAUGAAUGUAGCCACCACGCCUACCUGCAUGACCAGUUCUGGAGCUACUGGAAUAGAUUUGGGCCGGGCUUAGUCAUCUAUUGGUACGGAUUUAUCCAGGAGCUGGACUGCAACCGGGAGAGAGGCAUCCUGCUCAAAGCCUGUUUCCCCACGGACAUUGUCACCUUAUGCCAUAGCAUAGCAUGACCCUGAAGAUCCUGGAAGAGAAGCUGGGAGGAAAAGGUGAAUCCGGAAGCAAUUUUACUUUCCUGCAGUGUAAACUCCUGGCAGCAUCUGCCCUGAACUUCAGCUGAACUCUUGCUGCCCGUGGUCACACCACUGCCUCUUUAGACAAACAUAUCAAGAGUUUCUGUUUUCCUUCAUCCCUUGCUGAUGUGAACAGCCAAGAACUACAGACACAACCCACUCAUUAUCAGCAUUUCUGUCUCUGUCAAACAGUUAGUUUAUAGAUAGUCAUAAUCUUUCUUCCUUCCGGAUGGUUUCUCCUUGUAUACUGAACAAAAGAAAAAAUGUGGAGACUGAAAGGUGUGAUUUUUCAAUUCUCCUCCCAGUUACCGAAUCACCCUUUUUAUUUUUUUUUUUCUGAGCCUCCAUUCAUUCUCUCUCCCUCCCCUUUUCUCUUCACGUGCACUCACCGAUACCCAGUGUUACAUUCUCAUCGUGGAACAAUCUAGCACAAACCUAGAAAAGCAGAAGACACAAAAUCUGAAGCUAAAUUGUUGCUCUCACCUGCAGGGCUCUAGUGGACCUGGAUGGCAGCCUGUGCUUCGUGCCUGUUUUGUCUGGUCUUUAUGAUUUCCUGACUUCUGUGGCAUUAAGCCAAGCUGCAAAAGUACACUUGAUGAGAAUUUCCUCUUUUCCUAAUGCUUAUAAACACCAAACAUUUUACAUUUAUCUCAUUUAAAAGUAUUAGUUACAAUGUGUCUGUAAACCACACUCCUUCUUUGCACUGGGGGCAGAGGAGAGAGGAUUGAAGCUAAGUGCCAGUGCUGAUGAGAGUUUAUUUUUAAACCAGCCUAGUUGUCAUUAUGAGGGUACUUUGAAAAGUUCAUAGAAAAAUAGAACUGAAAGAUAAUAUGAAUCUUUCCACAAACUUUUUGAAGUACCCUUGUAUGUACGUGAGCCAGUAUUUUUAUGAGUAAAAAUUUUUCACGUUCUCAUUCUAUACCCUGCUUUGUAUCCGUAUUUUAUACCACAUAAUUAUAUAACACUCACAUAAUUUAGGCAUUAGCAGUGUUCAGCUUUGAAUGAAUUAAGUGUACCAGAAAUAAACCUAGAGCAAUUUUUAAAUAAGCAAAAUAAAAGAGAUUUCAUAUUUGUUCACUUUAAUUUAUUCACUUUUAUAUACUGCAGACGAGAUUUCAGUCUAAAGCGAAACAUCAAUAAAUUAAUUAUAAGCCUGUCUUUUGGGAAAUUAAAAAUUAAUCUGUACCCAAAAAUGUAUUUAGUAAAAUCUUUGCUCCCCAUACUGACAAAACAUAAUAACUUUUAUAAUGUUGAAUAAGUGGUUUUGGAUAUACUAAUGAAAAUGUUACUUUUGCAAAACACCUUGAGGUUAUAUACUUACUUUGCUUGGUUCUUUCAAAAGACUAAAUAUGUCAUUUGUAUUUUGUUCAUUUUAUACCUAAGAAGAUUUGCAAAAAUCUGCCUGCUGCUUUUCCUUGCAAAGGACACAAACAUGUUGGGUCUGUGAUGGAUUUUAACUCUGUAGUGGGCUGCAUUAAAUCAAAAGAAAGAGGAAGAAGCUGAAAUGGUAAAUAAAUGUCAGGAAAACUUCUGUUUCAACAUAAAAUUCAUCACGCAGGUUUUGUGAGUAAAAUAGAAUGGUUUGAAAUACUACUGUGUUGCCUGAUACACACACACAUGUACACACACACACUUUAAACAAAAACGUUGUUAGAAAGAAGCAGGUUUUAUGGCAUGCUCUAAACUGCUUUUUUUCUUUAGGAAUAAAUUACAUUUAUCUGCACAGAUGUUAAAAAUCCUGUUAAACCCUUGUCAAGAAUUUGUUAGUUUUACAUUAAACAAAUUUAUGAUGAGCGUGCACAAAUAAAUUAAAAAAUAAAAAAGGUGCUUGCAUUUUGUAUUUUUUCUUCUUCCUGGUGCCCUGACAUAAUGUGUUGUAAGAAGGUAUUGGUGUUCCCCAGCAAUGGCACCACCUUCUCUUUAUGAAUGAGGCUUUAAAAUUUGGCCCUUAGAAGUGAGAAAGAAACCAUUAGUAAACUGUACAUACUAACGUUAAAGUUAUGAGUUGUUCAAAAGUAAGCUUUUUUCUCACACAAAAACUAAGGUGAUUAUUGUAUUCACUACUUUUGAAUUGGAGGGAUGGAGAAGGGAGUAAUGUUCCCAAAUUGGAAGCAUAAAGCCUCUUUGGUUUUUUGUUUGUUUGUUUGUUUGUUUGUUUUAUAUAUUAAAAAUACUUAUCUGUG